GGUAGAACUAUAAAAGCAAAAGUGUUAGUAAAAUAUCAGUCAAAAAUAGAUUUCUCCGAUUUUUUGCUAUUUCUCAUCAUCAAAUCGUGUUUAAUUAAAUGACACUGUGAUUAUAAAGUGAAGUAUUUGACAACAAAGAAUUCAUAAAAGCACGAUGUUCUGGGAUACAACAUAUACAAAUUCAGCAAAUAUAGAUGCUUUACUCAGCAAAGACGAUUGCAGCCUCAAAGAAUUACUAGAUGAAGUUGAACUUUUACAAGAAUGCAAGUCACAGAAUCAAAAAAUAGUCAAGUUCCUCAAUCGUCCGGAAGUUGUGGACGAGCUUGUCACGCUCAUCACAAUAGUGCCACCAAGUAAUUUAGAUGAGAAACAACGCUUCCUACAUCCAAAUUUAGCAUGUGAAAUUCUUACCUGCGAUAUUCCGUCACUAAAACAACGAAUAGCUGAAGACCAUAAUUUAUUAAAUAAGCUCUAUGGCUUUUUUGAACAAAAAACUCAGCUCAAUCCACUCCUGGCAUCAUUCAUAUGUAAAACAUUUGGUAUGUUUAUAGUAAAAAAAAUGGAUCAAGACUGGUUUUUGUAUCAGACUAUAUGUCUUUACGUAUUGGAAUUUAUAAAGACAAAGGAUAACUUCCUUGACGUUAUGGUGCAUCACUUUUCAACGCCUGUUGUUAUGGAUUUACUCUUGACGAUGUUAAACGAUAUAGAAGAUCCAAGAAUGAAAAGUUCAUUUCUCGAAUGGAUUAAUGAGCGUGGAUUAAUUGAGAAGAUGAUUGAUGUACUUCACAUGCCAAAUGAGAAUGAAAAGCACGUAAUUGUUGCACAAUUCCUUACUGAACUUAUAAAGACUGGCCGAUGUAAUCGUCAAAAUGAUACAGAAGACCGAAAGAGCUUACCAAAUCCAUUACUUCAUCGAUUGGAAAAUUCACAGACUACAACGCGACUCAUUGAUGCUAUACUAAGUGCAACAAGUACGGAAAGUGGAAUUUUGUCAGGUCUUCAGGUGCUAUUAUGUUUAUUGGAGAAUUCAAUUAUUCAGGAACCUGUCUCACAAACCGCCUUGCAACAAAUCAUCGAUGCCGAGAAAGAGCAUCACGACGAAGUUGUUAAUUCGCUCAUGAGCAUUAUUCAGCCUCGUAUUCAUCAACUUUUUGAGCUUCUUUUAAAUCCACCAUUAAAAACCCCAUUGGAAGGAGUAGAAAAACCAAUGGCAUCUACUUUAGGUAAUGUUAGACUCCAGCUAUGUAAUUUAUUCACAGUAUUACUAGAAACGGAAAAUUCAUUAAUAAUUGAAGAAAUCUGUAAGACAAAUUUCUUUACUGAGUUGCUCAAUUUGUUUAAGCAAUAUUGUUGGAAUAAUUUCUUGCAUAAUUAUGUGAGAAGAUGCUUUGUUUAUGGUGUACAAGCAUUUGAUACAAUACCAAACAACACACAGCUAGUGAUUUCUGCCUUACAAAAGCAUAUUAUUGUUGAUUGUAAACUUGCUGAUCGAUUAAUAGACUGUUGGAAUGAGAAUGCUUUAAGUCAGCAGAAAGGAGGACGUAGAUUAGGAUAUAUGGGACAUUUAAUAGAAAUUCUCAGUGCCAUUAGUUCAACGGAAUCAGCGUCAGAUGACUUUCGUGCCUUACUAGAAAGCAGUUUAACAUGUGCAACAUUAGGCAGCGGCGAGCCAAUAUCAGCAAUUGACGUGUGGACUAAAAUAAUGCAAUCAAAUGAGAACGAGUUACAAGUACAAAAACGCUUUUUGGCUGACUGUGAUCCUAGCGAACGUCAAGAAUAUGGCCAAAGUGGUCUCACUGGGUUUCCGUCCAUUCCCGAUGAUACAGAGAUCGACACAGAAGACUACUCUUACAACUUUAUCCCCUCAAUGCACAGUGCAGUAAAUGGUAAUGACUUUAACACGGACUAUAACGACGAUGAUGAUUUGCUGGAAUCACGCCACAAAAUGUUUGAGGAGGCCUGUAAUCAAAAUACCUCGGCAAUGUCAUUCCACACGAAUUUCGACAAUUGGGAUCAACAUCAAUUCUUCAACAGUGCGUUGCUUAAGUCAUCGCCAUUUGAGGAACAAGAUGAUAAUAAUAAAGACAGUGACCUUCAUAAUGAUCCGUUUACAAAUGAUCCCUUUGCGGACACAUCCACAAGUGGUUUCGACGCAAUAAUUGGUAAUAAUAAUAUAAGUAGCAAUCAGCUGAUGUACGGCUACCAUAAUGGCAUUUAUGGUCAAUCAAAUGAUUUCCUUAUGAACUUUUAUGCAUCUCAAUGUACUAACUAUCCUUUUACGGCUACUAACACUCCUUCGUAUAAUAAUCCGUUCCAUCCGCACCAUUUUAUUAAUCAUCACGUUAAUGUUAAUGAUAAUGACAUGAAUGAUAUAAAUAGCAAUAAUGAUAAUUGGGCAAAUUUUAAUUCAUCGCCAGAUAAUUUUGCUGACUUUGAUUCACAUUUUGCUAAUAUGGCGCCAAUUGGAGUUGAAUCUAUGCCUCAAAUGCGUCUAGGCACGGAAGAAAGUUAUGAAGCAGGACCAAAUGAUGACAAAGAACAGCAACAGAUAGAAGAGCAACAAUGUUUUGUGGCAACGACUCAAGUUAUUGAAAUAUCAUCGCUUCCACCACCCGAAACAACAACUGCAUCUAUGCCUGACUUUUUAGAGAUGCCAGAAGAGAGGCAUGAAUUCCAACUCGGUCCAAAUCCAGUCGAUUCCGAUUUAACAAGCAUGAAGUCAAUUUCAGCAGCAAUUGAGGAGCUUGAGGAUGAAGAAUUUUAUUCAUUGCGUGACGAUUCGAAUGAAAUGAACAGCUUUACUGACGAUACGGACAGAAAGCUUGUCAAUGAGAAUACGGAAAUUCCAGAGGAUGAUGACGACGAUUUUGCGUCAGCUGAUGAAAGCUCAAGUAAAGGCAAUUCAGAAGAAGAAACCAACAGCAAUGCAGGAGAUCAUUUUGUGGACUGUGCACUUCCGUCGUCAAUGGAUGAAGAGGAGCAUAGUAAAACGAAUGGUAUUGAGAAGGUGAAAGAAAGUGAAAUCUUCUGUGAAUCCGACGAUGAAAAAACGUUAACUUCAGAUGAGUUUAUCGAUUCGCCCGACAUUAUAAAGAAAUUAGCACAAUCACCAGAGGAAGCUAUCACAAACCUUUCACCAACUACUGUUGUGCCAUUAGAAAAUGGAUCUGCAUAAAAAAAGUAAAUUAUUAGAUGAAAAAAAAUUGGAACUUUUUUUUAAUUUUAAAAAUAUAUUUUUAAAUUUAAAAAAAAUCAGAGUAAUAACGACUGAAUAAAAAAAAUAAAAUAAAAGAGAAUUCACGCAUGCAGUACACAAGAUACACACACAUACCCACAACACAUAUUCAUAUUUCUAUUUUGUUAUACUGAAGCAAAAACACAAAAAAAAAAUACUAGACACAACCAGAAGUAGAUAAAGAAAUGCGCCAAAAAAAGAAAAGAAAAAAGUCCUCUAUCAAUAAUAAUAACUGCUACUCUCACAUUAUUUUCUUCCUUGCUCUAAAUACAACCUACAAUUUACAUAGCAUAAAAUUAUUCAUAUCACAGAUAAAUAAAUAAAAAAGUUUGUAUUUUUGAUGCAGCGAGUGCAAAUAAUAAUUUAGCGAUUAAAUAUAAAAACUACACAUUUGAUAAAUUAUUAAUUUUAUGAUUUUCUUCUUCUUUUCGAAUGAGACGUGAUCAAUUUUUAUAAAAAAUAUGAAGGGAUUAACUUAUUAAAAAAAAAAGUAGGAAAAAUUCAAAAUGCGGUGAUGUUUUUUAGCAUAAAAAACGGGUCUUCCUGUGACAAUUCACACAUUCAUCACAUUUCGUAGGAAAACGAAUUUUUUUUGUUUCAAUUCUUCGUCCAAAAGUUUCAAAUUAAGUUUCACUUAAUUUUGUAAAUUAAAGAUAUAUUAAAAAUUGGAUAAGCAGCAAACAAAUGGAUGCAAUUUAAUGACAAUGAACAAUUUUAUAAGGCAAAAUUAGAUGUUUAUCUUGUAAAGGAACGAUAUGUGCAUCCUUGUAACAUAAAUGAGCGGCACAUCGUUAUUGCAACGACAUUGUCAAGAUGUCACAGAGACAUAGAGGUAGGGUUGGGCAGAAUCGUAUUCGAAUAUAUUCGAAUAUACAUAAUUCAAAAAAUAACCGUUAUUAAUCGUGAUUUUUUUUAAUAAAUGUUAAACAAUUAAUUAAAUAACUUACAACUAAAAUAUCGACGUUUUCGGCUAAAGAAAGUACUUCCAUUGCUUUUCCAUUAAAAUUAGAUCUAUUUUAGUAAUUGUUUAACAUGAUUUUUUCAAUUGAAAAAAUUUGAUAUCAAAGAAUAUUUGAAGAGUAUAAAAAUUUUUAACGGUCUAUAAAUAUUUGAAAAUUUUCCCGC